AUGCUUUGCGCAAUCUCUGGGGAAGCUCCCCAAGUGCCGGUUGUUUCGCGCAAGAGCGGGAAUGUUUUCGAAAAGCGACUAAUUGAGGCGUACAUCGCCGAGCAUGGCAAAGAGCCAGUUACCGGCGAAGAACUCACUAUCGACGAUCUCAUUGAGCUGAAGUCUGCACGCGUUGUGCGCCCUCGGCCGCCGACACUCACUUCGAUUCCUUCGCUGCUCGGGGUGUUCCAGGAGGAAUGGGACGCUUUGGCUUUGGAGACAUACACUUUAAGGCAGACUUUGGCUCAGACACGACAGGAACUUAGCACCGCUCUUUACCAGCACGAUGCCGCAGUGAGAGUGAUCGCGAGACUACGGCAAGAGAGAGAUGCUGCGCGCGACGCUCUAUCGAAAAUCUCCGUUGGUGCUGGACGAGCCCCGGCUGGUGGUGACGCAAUGCAGGUGGAUAGUACCGGCCUGUCUCCUGCCGUGCUUGCACGGAUAGAGGAGACACAGGAGAAGUUAUCAAAAACGCGCCGCAAGCGUCCUAUUCCCGAAGACUGGGCAACCAGCGAGACAAUACAGAAAUUUAAGCCCGUUGCUACCUCCGAGUCACUCUAUCCUGGGGGUGAUUCCUUGUCGCUCAAUGAAUCUGGGGAGUUGGCCUUGGUUGGAGGUGUAGAUGGCGUUGCCGGUAUAUACUCAUUGGUCGAUAAGGCCAUCGUGGCUUCUUUGAAAGGUGGCGGUGGUGAGAUUACCGACACGAUGUGGGUUAACGACAAAGCUGUCAUCUCAACGUCCACCGGAUCAGUCAAAGUUUUCGAGAAUGGAGCCGAGGUUGCGAGUUUCAACUCGCACGCGGGUGCGGUCACAGCUUUGGCGAGACACCCAACUGGAGAUAUUGUAGCUUCUGUUGGUGUUGACAAAAGCUAUGUGCUGUAUGAUCUCUCAACAUCCACGGUUGUUGCGCAAAUUUUCAGCGACUCUGCGCUAUCGUGUGUCCAAUUUCACCCUGACGGCCAUCUAGUUGCCGCCGGCGCUGCUGAUGGACAGAUAAAGAUCUUUGAUGUCAAGACUGGAUCAAAUGCUGCGAGUUUUACCUGCUCUGGGCCCCUCAAAACUUUAUUCUUCUCGGAAAACGGAACCUGGUUGGCAUCUGUUACCGAAGUAUCCUCUAGCGUUUCUAUUUGGGAUCUCCGUAAAUCAGAGGUGGUGAAAGUCUUGGAAAUUGGCAACAGGGUGGACUGUCUCAGCUGGGAUUACACGGGCCAGUUUUUGCUGACCGGCGGACCAAACGGCUUGACCGUACAACAGUAUUCGAAGUCAGCAAAAUCAUGGACCGAGCCUCUUCGAAGUGCAGUUCCUGCGGUUGCGGUUGGAUGGGGAAGAUCAGCUCAUAAUAUUGUGGCUCUCAACACAGACGGAGUUCUGACACUGGUUGGAUCGGAAUGAUAAUGAGGAGUUCAAUUUCCUUGCUUGUACGGAGUAUUGCUAAGUAGUAUUAUGGUGCUUUUUGAAAAGCGGACUUUGUUCAG